UUUCCCCCCAAUACAGCUUCCCCUUUGCAAGUGCAGGAUCUCUGGCAGCUGGUUCUUUGUGUCUCUUCCAUGCCUCUCUGGGUUAUUCCCCCUGGCGAGGCGGCAGGAUCACAUUUCACAUCCGCGACACUGUUGAGAGGCUGGGCUGGAGGAUUCUUGCUCUGCGCUGCCAGCAACACACAUCCUCUGCUCGCUAUGUAACAAAAAUGGCUGAGAGCACGGAUUGGGUGGAGAUCAUUGAGCCUCGCACUCGGGAACACAUGUAUGUGAACCUGGUGACGGGUGAGUGUGGCUGGGAUCCACCGCAGCGCGUACAUGUCCGCCAGUCGAGUGAGAACCAGUGGUGGGAGCUGUUUGACCAGAACAACAACAGGUUCUAUUACUACAAUGCUCUCACAAAACAGACCGUCUGGCACCGGCCGCAGAACUGUGAUGUUGUCCCCCUGGCGCGGCUCCAGGCCAUGAAGAGGAAUUCCCAGUCGGAAAGCUGGGGCCAGCAGCCUGGCGACGGUGCGCACUCCCGGAAGAAUUCUAGCGGUGAGGUUCGCGCUUUCCCCGGCCAGCUGCCGGGGAUCCAGGACAUGGAGAAUGGGAACGAAGCUGUCAGGGGCAUGCAGAAUUCAGCAAGUCGCAAAGAAUGUGCAAGGUCCAACUCCCCAUGGCAACCCGCCCCAGGUACCAAGGCGGCAAUGCUGGUGAAGGUCGAUAGUGGAACGAGCUCGGUCUCUACCCAAGCCUUGGCGGCUCAGCAGCAGAACUCCCUUCCGGUCACCAACCAGAAAGCCAACCAGUCGACCAAGGCCUCAGGUCAGGCCCACAAGCCAGGCUGUUUCCCGCUGGGCAGUAAAACUCCUCUGGAGUCCAAACCCUCGCUGCAUUUGAAAAAGACGGAGAAUGGGGGCUUCUGCCUCGUCUUAACCAGCGGCCCUCCAUGCCAGGCUUCCCAAAAGGUUCAGCCGGGCCCAGCGCAGCCUUUGUCCCCAAAGUGUGGCUCCUCGGCCCCCAUUUACGAUGAGCCGCCCGUCGAGUCACCAAUCUAUGACGAGCCACCCAUGGAAGUGGACCCGGGCAGCACAUCGAGGGCCGGAGCAGGCCAGGCCUCGGAGAAAGAGCCUCAGAUGACCAAGCUGCUUCAGGGCCCCGGCUACCAGCAACAGCUGAUAACCAAGCACGCCAGGAAGCCAUCCAAUACGGAGUACAGCCCAGUGGGGAGGGAGUACAUCAAGCAGAUGGUGAACAUCGACCCAUCCUCCAAGCAGCCAGCUUCUUCCGACGGCAACAACGCAGGCAGGCUUCCUGCUGCGGGUCCCUCACUGCCCAAGGAUGACCAGAGGCAGCCAUGGAAGGUCCUGGAGGCGAACUCCUUGAAGGGCAGCGAGUUGCACAGUCGCCAAAGCAGCGUACAAUCACAAGAGUACCCCACCUCCGUCGUCAGCCACCAAGACUCAGGCUAUUCCACAGGCCCAUCGCCCAGCCUCCGGAGGAGGAAAGGGAGGAAGACGAUGGCGGGCCAGGCCAGACCGGGCUCUUUGGGCAGCAGCAGCGAGCUGAACGUUUUGAACGAGAAGCUGAUGGCGGAGAUGCGGGUGGUGGUCAGUCGGACGGCUGCCAUCAGGGGCAGCCAGGCGAGCCUGAACGCGGACGUGGCCGAAAGCUGUAUCUUGGCCGACAUUCACAAGAUCCGGCUGCAGUCUGAGGGCCGUCACUUCAGGCAGUACGCUAACCGGGGCUCGAAGGAAGACAUUGUGGCCAGCAACAGGUCGUUGCACAAGUUGGGCGCGGAUAUGCGAGCCUCGGUUGACAGCGAGUUAUCCACGCGGCAGGAAGUUGUCCGUCAGAAAAGGACAUUUGAAAAGGUGGAUUUUUCCAACCAUUCGUUGGAAAGAAGCCUAACGAGCCAGACUAGUCUAUCUCUACCGAGUCCCGUUCGGAACCAACCACAGCCUCAGAACAUAGGCAGCAGCCCUCAGCUUGACCCAGGAGGGCAGACCUGCAACGUGGGCUACCAUUUUCCUUACACCACACUCCGCAAGCCCCUGCCAGAGAAGAGCAUGGAAGACUGGGCAGCCAAACACCUCAACAUGCACACUCGGGGCAUCUUCAGGCGCAGGUUGUCCAUCGCCAACAUGCUCUCCUGGGUCGGAGGCUCCAUCAAGAAGCCAAUGCUGGUCACCAACGACCGCACCAUCAAGAAAGACGCCUGUGAACUCUUCAAGCUGGUGCAGAUGUACAUGGGCGACCGGCAAACCCGAAUGGAGAGGGUCCCCAUCGCCCUCGUGAUUGUCACCAAGUGCUGGACGACGCAGGGGAUCCGUGAUGAGCUUUACAUCCAGCUGUGCAGGCAGACCACAGACAAUCUGUGCUACCAGAGCCUGGCGUACGGCUGGGAGCUCAUGGCGGUCUGCUUGGCUUUCUUUUCUCCAUCGCCCAAGUUCCAGUCGUACCUGGAAGGAUACAUCUAUCGGCACACUGACCCUGCUCAUGACGUGAAAAUAACCGAGCGCAUCAAGGAGCUGGUGGAGAUGAAAAACAAGAGGUUUUCAAAAUCGAGGAAGAAGAGAAAGCAGAACAUUGAGGAGGAGGAAGAACUCCUCAUCAGCACAUACGCCAAGUACUGCUACCGCAAGCUGCAGAAGGUUGCUGUGACUGGAGGAAAGAAGGGACUCAGAAAACCAACCAUUGAGGAGAUCCAUCAUGCGAAAAAUGCCAUCCUGACCCCAUCCAUGUUUGGCAGCUCUUUGGAAGAGAUCAUGGAAAGGCAACGCGAACGCUACCCAGAGAAGAAACUGCCCUGGGUUCAAACCCAGCUCUCCAAUAAAGUACUGGCACUGGGAGGGGCACAGGUUGAAGGCAUCUUCAGAGUGCCUGGGGACAUUGAUGAAGUGAAUGCCCUCAAACUGCAGGUUGACCAGUGGAGGAUUCCAGAGAACCUUGCUGACCCCCAUAUACCAGCCUCACUGCUGAAGCUGUGGUACCGAGAGCUGGAGGAACCCCUGAUUCCUCCGAAGUUUUACCUGCAGUGCGUGAACAACUACGAGAAUCCCGAAGCUGCUGUCGCCGUUGUUGCUUCUCUGCCUGAAAUAAACCGCCUUGUCCUUGGUUACCUCAUCCACUUUUUACAGAUUUUUGCACAGCCAGUCAACGUGAGCAAAACCAAGAUGGAUGUCAACAACCUUGCCAUGGUGAUGGCUCCAAACUGCCUGCGCUGCCAGUCCGACGAUCCUCGGAUUAUUUUUGAGAACACGAGGAAGGAGAUGUCCUUCAUCCGCCUGCUCAUCGUGCACCUGGACACGAGCUUCAUCAAAGAUGACCUGUGAGAGGUCAGAGACUCUGACAGUGGCCUGGGUGGCAGGCUCAAGUUGGUCUCUUCCCGUAUUCCCUUUGAUGGCGUGGUGCGCGUGUUUGUACUCAGUUAUGCCUGCUUUUCAGUGGCUGGACAAUCACUCGUCAACAAAAAAAUGUAAUUGCCUCAAGCCAGUACCUGGAACAACCAUGGAGCAGCUCCAUCCAUUUGUACUAUUGAAUCCAAGUUGCGUUUCCUUGUGUCAAUGGUGCAGACCAAAAGCAAGGGAGACCCUGGGCCUUACUGUGUCUGAGAUGUUAUGCAUGAAGUUUGUUUUCUAAAAACUUUUCGCCAAUAAUGAUAACUCAAGUCUAUUAGUUUGUGUGUGUGUGUGUGCGUGUGUGUGUGUAUGUGUGUGUGUGUGUGUAAUUCUCUUUUUUGCACUGGUCAGAGUUAAGAAGGUGCCUCAUGACGGAGAUAAUCAAGCCAUUAGUUGGAUUGGGUUAUCAUGAUCCUUGUCCCCAUGCUGCAUUAUACAGCAGCUACUGCAAUAUUCCACAGCAUUCUAAUGCAGCAACAGAAGGAGGAAGGCGAAAUGACACUGAGGCUUUUGGGAGAGGAAGCAGUUUGGGAGCUUUUCUGUCUACCCUAUCUGAAUUGUUGUAUGACUGAGCAUCGAAAACAGUGAGGGGAGCUGGGAGUGGCGUUGUACAUGUGACCUUUUAUUUUGUUUUCUUUUGUAAGAAAGAAACCGCACACUCUAAAUAGACAUUAACAAAGGUGAAUAUGUGUCUUUUUUCCUUCUUGAAACAAAGAGAGACAUUUGCUAGUUUUGGUUUUCAAAAAAAAAACCUCUUCCCUUUCCAGUGCCCUGAACCAACACUGAGCUAUCACUCUGAUGGCUCACUGUGCCUUCACAGGAGGGAGACUUCACAACAUGAUUGUAAAACUCCAGCUGAUGUUUCAAAUGCCUUGGUCACUGAUGAUGUAAUUGAGUUGAUUGAAUAUUUCAGUUAAUAUUGUUUUAAGAUUUUAUUUGUAAGUUCGUCCAUGGGAUGUGGGUAUAGCUGGCUAGGACAGCAUUUAUUGCCCUGGAGAAGGUAGUGGUGAGCUGCCUCCUUAAAUGGCUGCAGUCCCUGGGGUGUAAGUAAUGGAAGGAUGAUCUGUGUCCUCCCGAUGCUUAACCACGAAAGAGUGCAUUUUUAGUGUAAUGUGGCAGACAGCAACUUUACUGCGUGCAGAUACGUGUCAGAGUGUGCAUUCCAGAUUUGAUUUUUAUUGAGUCCAUUUCCCAGCUUGGCCCAGUCCCACUCCAUAAGUGGAGUGCACUCUUGGUUUCAGCUGGUGGGCAAUCCCCACUUAAUCAUCCAUACCCUCAAAAUUCAGGGAUUUGCAACUUUUCACAGUUAACCGCAAAACUAGUCUUCAGUUCACAGAGGUGCUCACACAAGGUUCUGAAACGGAAAAGUGCCGUCUGUAUGAAAUACCCUCUGCUAAGACAAUCAGGGGCCUAAGGAUGCGGUACCGAGCGAAUCAUAUUAGCGUUUCUAAAGGCCUACUUUGUAUUUAUGUUAAAAGUAUCUGUGAAGUGAUGUGAGUGUUUGUCUUUAAGGCUAAUUAUUUCACUUUGUGAUUUUUCUCUGGUAGACUCUGUGGAGUCUUGCUGGAAACAGAAGAGCUAUCUGUGUCUCUUCUUGCCAGGAUAUAGGUUAUUUUAUCCUUUUUUAUAAUCAUCAGAUCCAUAACCCACAGGAGUUUUCAACAGCGUGAUUGCCAUUCUAGAGUAUAAAUUUACAAUAAAAUAGGCAUCCUAGGAGAUCGCAAAAAUCUCGUUUAAGGCUUGCACAGCCCCAUCAUGGCAUUCAAAUUGGAUUUAGUAAUUAAUGGGAACAAAGGCCCACUAAAUUUGGACAUUUGCUUUGAGUUAACUCUCAGCUAACAGCAUCUGGCUUUAGGCAUAUUUUCAAAUUUAAUCAUUGCCACUUGAAACUGAUUUAAUUUACAUUUUGAUAACUGGAUAUCUUAAUUUUGCAAUUAAGAAUGAGCUCAAACCAUUAUUAAAUAGAUUAAAUGGGAUGAGGCUGUUUUGAUCCAUUGAUUUUUGUGUAUAAUGUAAUAAGGAAUGUUAUUAUUUUUACUAUCUGGUUUACUUUGAGAGGGCCAGAUGGAGAGGAGGGUGAGGUCCACUCUCCUGUACGUUCAUUAUAAUCAUUUGUUCCUCAUUCUAUCCACACCCUGGGGUGAGUGGGUCAAGUGAUCCAGUUUGUACCCAGUCCCCCAGCCACUCAACAUUGCCAGGUCUUGAGGAGCUGUGAAUGGUUCUGAGAUGGGGUUGUGCCAAUUUAGUGGCUGUUCACUCUCUUGCCUUUUCCCUACAGCUUCUGUACUAGACUACUCAGGCUACACAGCAGAAUUAUACACCUGAUGCUAGACUUUCCCAAGCAAGACUUGAAAGCAAAACAUGGAUUUUUGAUGAGCUUGUAUUGAGGACUGGUAAUUUCUCUCAUUUGAAAUUGAGCUUGGAUGGCACACAGCACCUACCUGUUGUAAACUGGCUGUGAUCAGCCUUUCAGAGUGAGAAAAACUGUUUAGCUCCAAGUUCAUGGAAAGGCCUAGUCAAAUCCAACUGCCCUGACUCAUGGUUGAGUGUUUAUUGUUAUUUUUCUGCAGUAGAACUAGGCCAGUUUUACCUAACUGUGGUUUCCUGUGUUCUUGAUUGUGGCUCAUCACAUGGCAGCUGUCCAAUUUUUUUUAAACAAGUAAUUAUUUUUAGAAUGUGGUUUAAUGCUAAAUUACAAAUGUCUAUCUUGUGCCUAAGCCAUGUGUCGAUGAGGGCCUGUUCUCCGAAAUUAUGUUGUGAGUUUAGAGAUCACUUUUUAGUUCCAACUCCAAGGUGUUGCUUUCAGAUUUGGAAAAUUCGAAAAUGAUUGAAAAUCGUACACUUGGACCUGAACAGACAGGUUCUGAUAUUCCACACAAGCAGUUUCUUUCUGUUGUAAGAUGAAACCAAGUGACAGCAGUAUCUUUGUUGUUACUUACUGGGGCCUAAUCUGUCAGAUAUACCUCACUGAGGUGUUCUAGCCCAGAAGGUGGUGCAGUGAGGGACCAUCAGUAUUACAGAAUGCCUUUAAGAAUGAGGUUAUGCGUUCACUGAAGUUGACGAUCAGUGGUGUUGCAAAUGCAAGAGUGCCAAAUGUCAAAGGAUCACAACAAAAUAAUUUGGUGCUCUUGCGUUUGUCCAGAUGGAUGCAAGACAAAAUGCUUUGGCAACACAUGUCUCGCGCUCUUUCUCUCUCUCUCUCUCUCUCUCUCUCUCUAAUAUGUAAGUUCAGUAUUACCAAGUUGACUGUAUGUUGCAAAGAUUUAAUCUUGGAAUCAAUCGUCCGCAAGUUGCCUGGUUCUGGGGCCUUGCCGUUUUAGCCUAUGCCUUAACAGGAAAAUGAUAAAGAGAUGACCAAUCUGAUAAUGCUGCUAAAGCUUUAAUUCAAUCAUUUCUUGUCCCUUCCUCCACCCACCCAUCUAGUUUAUCUGAUUGAAAGGUUAAUGCGUGAUCUUUCUUUCGCCAGUGUAAUUUUUGUGGUUUUCUCUCCCAUAUUCUCCCACGGCUAACAUGCAUCACAGCAGCAGAAUCUAGCCAGUGUUAGUAUCAGCUGUUGUCAAGAUGUCCUAUUUUUAUAACAAAAAAGAUGGCUUUUCCAAAAAAAAACUUUCUGAAUUGUAGCUUGCUCCAUUUAUAUAUUCCUCUUAAGUUUAUAUUUCUGCUGUAUAACUGUACAAAAUAUAUUUUAAAAUUGUUCUCCAAUUAAAGGAGUGUGUGGUCUAACCUUCAGUGAGAGGAUGUGUUGUCUAGAAGGGAGAGUGUCUAUAUAAUUAUGUACAAUUAAACAUUGAUAAUUAUUACAGUUGUGCAGCUAGUUAUCCUGGCAGAGCAUCUAUUUUAUCUUUUGUCAGACUGCACACUUUUGUUAACAAGGUAUUUUACUUCCUCCCCUUUCUCACCCUCUCGUUACUCCCCGCAUCCUUGUUAUCCCCAAUGCCCCUGUUCCUCCCUGUUCCAUCGUUACUCUCUAUGCCCCAUUACUCUGCCCCCAUUUGUCCCCAACCUUGACCCUCCUCAUGCUCCAAAUGUAACCCUCCCCCAUGACCUGGGGCUAAAUGAUCUACCUUACAGCUUAUGCUGAGGAGCUUCAGGCAUGAACCCACAGCAUCUUAACACACCACUGGAGACCCACCUGCUUCACCCUGAGGUAGAAGCCUGAUGACAGAUUCACUAACCGUGGGCAUUUUCUUCAGUGCCCCCGACUUUUCCAUUUUCCCUGGAAAGAUCCAUUGCCUGCUGACUCAUGCACUGAAAUCGAGUGGAUCGAAACGCUUCACAGAUUUGCUGUCCCAGUGACCUACUGGACUGUCCAUUGUUAGAUGGAACCUUGCAGAAAAGAAGCUCCCCUGUUUGGAUGUUCUUAUGAGAUCGGUUCGCUGUCUGAAGUCCGGUUAGCCUAUUGAGCGCAGGGAUUAUCCUGAGUGGUCCUGGGUUAGAGAGUUGGGCGGGUGGGGAACCAGCCUUUCACUCCUGGCUCUGACACAGUAAGCCCCAAUGGGGGGUGUGCGUGAGUAAGAUGCUGGUUUAGGACUGGUCUGGAUGGCCCCUGCAGCUUCCAGUCCUGAGUAAACUCCUUGCCCUUGCCCAUGGUGUAGGCCGAAUAGAGCAAUGUACCAAGAAGCUGACACUUUCCCCGGAAUCAUCAACACUAGCCCCACUCCUUGCCAGGCAGGAGUUGUCACUUUUAGGAACGGGAGGUAAGAUGUAAGCAGAAACUCCAUUGAUGCCCUUUUAAAAUGUCCCAUUGCACCAUCUAUGGGAACUAAAGCAGGCCCAUCAAUCUGCCACAUAGUUUGAGGGUGAGAUUAUUUGUACGAUACACCUCGCAUGACUGCAGAAUAUUUCCUGGUCUUUAUGCUGCCAUGUGCAUUCUGGCUUUUUUCUUGGUGAAGGGUGGAAUUUUAAUUCUUGCCAAAUGGAAUAUUCACAGGAUCGGACGGAUCGCUGUUUUGCGCCCCACUAAUCGGGCGAGCGUUAACACACCCCAUCUGUCACGGAACUGAAGGGACCGGGUGCAGUGUGGAAUACAGCUGCCUGCUGAAAGUAAUAUUCAGUGUAAAGUUAAGAUUUCCAUUCGAUCCAUGGAUUCCUGGGCUGAGGAGCUUGGUUAAAAUCAGCCCCAUCCCACUCCCAAUGAUGCUAAUUAUAUGCACCCUUUCAUUGUUUAAAGUAAUUCAAUUCUGUGGAGGUACUGACAACAAUUUACAUUACUGUUUGUGCUCCUGCACACAGUACAAUAUCUGGUAUUACACUACUGGAUGUUUUGUAAAUAUAGUUUUAUUUGAUAUUUCUGUACAUUGAUUAUUACAAAGGAUUCUUUGUGAUGGACAGUUUCCCCCAAAAUUGAGGCUGGGGAAAAAUAAAGUGACUGAAAACAAGCAGUCGGUUUCAGUAAUAAUACGAUAAAAUUAAACCUCAGAAUAUCCAGGUGGUGGGAAUGCACAUAGCCAUUGUAGCUUUAAAAACAAACCUCGUUUAUUCAUUUUCUUUUUAUUUCCCCAUCAGGUAUUUACCUAAAUAUUAAUUGUACAGUUUGAAGGGAGGUUGAAUGUGGCUUAGAAAUAAUAAACUCAAAAUGGAAUUGACUUUCUGAAUGAGUAACUGGGGAAAGGGAUUUGCCUGUGUGUGUGUGUGUGUGUGUGUGUGUGUGUGUGUGUGUGUGUGUGUACGUGUGUGUUGUAUGGAGAUUGUCUUAUUAAAAGCAAAACCAAAUAUGUAACCACUCUUGAUUUUGUUUCUUUUUGUACAUUGUGUCAUUUGAAAUAUGCAUUAGUGUUAAUGUGUAAAACUGUGUUGUAAACUUCUCUGUAAACAAACAUUGCUGUUCAUUUUUUUUUUAUUGUUUUCUUUGCACUUAGCUUCUCCUUCAUGCUGUGAUAUGUUAAUGCUUUUUGACAGGUUGUAUAAAAGCAGAAUAUUUUUUGUGUACACUGGAUGUUUCCUUGCGCAACAGAAAUGUAAAUAAAAACUACAAGAUUCUGACCUUAAAA